CAUGGGCGGCGCGCCCCGCCAUGGUCCUCGCCGGCAACAGCAGCCCCGUGUGCGGGCAGCUGCGGGCGCUGAGCGGCGGGAGGAUGAUCGCGGGCUCGCUGCCCCCCCGCCUGGUGAAGCUGGCCCAGGAGGUGGGCGCCAGCCCCGCGGGCCCCGCCGGCUGGGGGGGCGGCAACGACACGGGCUGCGGGGAGCAGAUCCUCAGCUACGGCCAGGCCGAGAAGGUGGUCAUCGGGGCCGUGCUGUCGCUGCUCACGCUGCUGACCAUCGCGGGCAACUGCCUGGUGGUGAUCUCCGUCUGCUUCGUCAAGAAGCUGCGGCAGCCGUCCAACUACCUGAUCGUGUCGCUGGCGCUGGCCGACUUGUCGGUGGCCGUGGCCGUGAUGCCCUUCGUCAGCGUCACGGACCUCAUCGGGGGCGAGUGGAUCUUCGGGCGCCUCUUCUGCAACGUCUUCAUCGCCAUGGAUGUCAUGUGCUGCACGGCCUCCAUCAUGACCCUGUGUGUCAUCAGCAUUGACAGGUACCUUGGAAUAACAAGACCUCUUACAUAUCCUGUAAGGCAGAAUGGGAAGUGUAUGGCUAAAAUGAUCCUGUGCGUAUGGCUCCUAUCUGCCUCUAUCACUAUCCCACCCCUCUUUGGUUGGGCCCAAAAUGUGAAUGAUGAAAAGGUUUGUUUAAUCAGUCAAGACUUCGGCUAUACAAUUUACUCCACUGCAGUUGCAUUUUAUAUUCCAAUGUCAGUGAUGCUUUUCAUGUACUAUCAGAUUUAUAAAGCUGCCAAGAAGAGUGCUGCUAAACACAAGUUUGCUGGCUUCCCACGGCCAGAAGAAACUGAAGGGAUUUCUGUGAAUGGAGUUGUAAAACUACACAAGGAAUCUGAAGAAUGCACAAAUUUUUCACGACUCCUUAAACACGAUAGAAGAAACAUUUCCAUCUUCAAAAGGGAACAGAAGGCUGCCACUACUCUUGGAAUUAUUGUGGGGGCAUUUACUGUGUGCUGGCUUCCAUUUUUCAUACUUUCAACUGCCAGACCCUUUAUCUGUGGUACAGCAUGCAGCUGCAUCCCACUGUGGGUUGAGAGAACAUUUCUGUGGUUGGGUUAUGCAAAUUCUCUUAUUAACCCUUUUAUAUAUGCCUUCUUCAAUCGGGACCUGAGGACAACCUAUCGCAAUCUACUUCAAUGCAGAUAUAGAAAUAUCAACCGGAAACUGUCAGCUGCAGGGAUGCAUGAGGCUCUGAAGCUUGCAGAAAAGCCAGAAUUUGUGCUGUAAGGAGAAGCUCUGAUUACUCAAGGAAAAAGAGUCAUGACUCAUGACCAAAUGGGGAAAUUAGUCAGAAGCUGUCAAGGCAUGGCCACAGAAAGAAAUGUGAUGAAGAUUUAGUCUCUGAAGAAAUGGAUGGAUUUAUGAAAUGUACUUCUUCAUCUUCUGAUGGGAAUGCUUGAAAAAAAAUCAAUGAGCUUAAUACAUUGCACUUAAAUGUAUUUCUAUUGAAAGUGGUGACAUCUCAUUUAUUAGCGAGACAAAUGCUAUUGUGUACAAAUGAAAAUAGUUUUCUUUUUGAGAAAGCCAAAUCAUGUUAGCAAUAAGCUGUUUGAUGCUCAAGGGGGAAAAGAUCAACUAAAAGCCAGGAAAGGAAAAUGUUGUACAGAUUUCCACCUUUAUUUAUUACUAUAAAUAGAAGAAAGUAUUUAUUUAGGUUUCCCAUGCCUGUAGAUUACAACAUUGCUAUUAAUAUUCAGGGAUCAUCAGUGGUACAGAAUGUAUUUUGUUGUACUACAAACAUAUUUUUCAAACGAACAGUGGAAAUGAGGAGGCAUUCAAGGCUGUUCAAGGUGUUGAAAAUAUUCUUUGUAUUUUAGCAUUCAGAAAGGCAACAAUAAAAGGCUGAUUGAUUUCUUUGGCAACAGCAACUCAGUGGCACUAACCAGCUAAAGUCUUGUCUAGUUAUUCACCACUGCUAAAAGUUGUAGUUGGUUUGCAAGAUAAAAAUAAAGCAUAAUUCAUUGGUCCCAUCUCUGAGCUUGUUAUGAAAAAAGGUGCAUCAUGGAUUAUGACAAACAACAUGCAACAUAAGAUGUACAUAGCUUACAAGCUAGGGGUUAAUUUAUAUACUUGUUAAUUUUGUUCUCAGGUCAUUUUUGUGCUGUCAGGAUAUAUAGAGUAACUAUUCACUUUGUAAUUCAAGUAACUGUAAAAAGUGAGCACUUCAACUUUCCCAUACUCCUAGUUUCUGCAAAUUGUGCAUUAAAACACCUUUGAAUCUUAUUUGGUUAGUUGAAUUUCAUGUGGGUUGGAAGCGUAUGUUGUUGUGAUUGUGAUAGACUGCCAGAAUACCCUAUUAUCCUUGUAUGAAGUCAUCAGGAUGCUAUUCAGUACCUCAUUAAUGGAAUUAGUCACCAUAAGCUCUGCAUUUUAAAUAAAUGAGUGCCUUUUAUAAUUCACUUUGAUCUCCUAAAAGAUAAAAACUCACCAUAUAAGUGAUAUAGUAAAUAUUGACAAUUAUAUAUUCAGUGGGGGGGGGGG